AUGGGCACCGCGACUAGCCAUGCGCAACCAUCCGCGUCAAGCCCAGUUGUCGAAAACUCCCCCAUGAGUUAUUUCGCGUAUGGAAAACACUCGGGUACCAUCAUAGCACACAUUGGCCUCAUGGUCCUGGCCUGGUGUUUUGUCCUCCCCAUAGCGGUCAUGCUCAGUGUUGCGCGUUCGCGAUUCGCGUUGCCGUCACAAUUCGUUUUCUUGAUUUUCAACGCCUUUGGAUUGCUCGUCGGUAUCAUCUAUAACGGUCAGACCCCAGAUCUCUAUGAGAACAACGCGCACCACAAAAUUGGCUGGAUUGCAACCUGGGUGGUUGGUGCGCAAGUCUUCCUGGGCUUGAUCUUUGCCUAUGCUGGGAGAGGGGAAACCAAUGCAACUUCGUAUGAACGAGCCGCAUUCCUCCCUUUGUCGACCGAUGAGACGAUCGACAACCUGAACACCUACCCGACUGGCCCUCGCCAUGACUACCGUUGGUCUGGUGACAGCGGCCAGGGAACCGAAAGAAACUCGUCUUCCCUCCACAGCCCUGGAUCGCCUUCUUGCGAAUCGUCGGAGGACUACGAUGGCUUUGAGAAGCCCGAGGAGCAGAUUGAUCCAGAGCCCUCCAAGCCUCGGGGCUGGUUGCACAACAAUUUCUUUGGACGCUUUCUGGCCAGUCGUGUGCCGGGCUUGGUUUCGAGUCGAGUCCUCCGUGGUUUCAACUUUGUGUACUUGGUCAUUGACCGCAUCAUUUUGCCAUUUGGCUUCGUUGCCCUUGUCACGGGCGGUGUGACUUAUGGUGGCAUCAUGAGAUCCAGAGAAAUUUUCAACGGACUUGCGCACUUCAUUAAAGGAGGAAUCUUCAUCUGGUACGGUUUUCUGACACUCGGACGAUGGAUGGGAUGCUGGGCAGACCUUGGCUGGGCCUGGAACUUGAAGCCCUCUAGCGCCAUUGUCGGCAAGUGGAAGGCCAAUGUGCCCACUGGCGAAUUCACCGAGUCAUUUGUGAUCUUCCUUUACGGAAUCACCAACGUCUUCCUUGAGCAUCUCUCUGGUGCAGGUGGCGCGUGGUCCGCCACGGAUUUGGAGCACGUGUCUAUCACCAUCAUGUUCUUCGGUGGUGGCCUGUGCGGAAUGCUUUUCGAAUCGAAGCGCAUCAAGAGUUGGUUAAACAGCACCGUCUUGCAGUAUCCUACUCGCGGCACACACGGAUCUUCGGAUGUCGCCUGGCAGAUCCCCGACACUCAGGAUGUAUCGCUUAACCCGAUGCCUGCGCUGGUGAUCCUUCUCCUCGGCAUGAUGAUGGGAUCGCAUCACCAAACCAGCAUGGUCUCAACCAUGGUACACAAGCAAUGGGGUAACCUCUUGGUUGGGUUUGCGCUUGCUCGGGGCAUGACCUAUGUCCUGAUGUUCCUCAAGCCCCCAACCUCCUACUUGCCCGCACGCCCACCCACAGAGAUCGUUGCUUCUUUCUGCUUGAUCGCUGGUGGCAUGAUAUUCAUGCUUAGUACACGCAAUGUGGUCCAAGCGAUGGAGUUCUACGAACUAGACGCAAUGUUUGCCUUUACCGUGGGCAUGGGUCUCACCGCCUUCGUUAUGGCGUGGGAAAUCCUGACCAUUGCCCUCAAGGCCUGGGCGGUGAAGCGAGAGGCACCCCCACGAUUGGCGCCAUUUCAGUUCCCUGCUUAA